AUGAAGUUCACUAUAUUGAUAAGUGUGUUGCUGGUGACUAACCAGAGCUUGGGAUUUCUGAAAGCGAUUUCGACCGUCUCGCUAUGUUCAAAGGUGUUGCAGGAGGUACUGAGUGGCCCUCUGGCAGGCUGCAACAUAGUCUUGUAUCUCGAUCUUGGAGACGACAUGUUAGUCGCUGACCAGUUAUUGGCCCAACCAACCCUCCAGGAUAUUCCUCACGUCCUAGUUAAUCUGGAUAAUAACGGGACCGUUUGGUCCAAAAACCAGAAUGCGGCGGUGCUUCGAGGAAUAGGAUUUAUCCACGUUGUUUUGUUCAGGAAAAAUCCCCGUCCAUUUUUUGAGGCCGUAUCGCCUCAAUGGAAUCCUAAAUAUGUGAUGCUUUUUAGUUUGUUUCAAGGUAUAUCUAAAAAUAUUAUAAAUCAAUCAUUUCACAGAGUAGAAAAGCUGGUGUUGUUUAAUAAGGCUUCUCCAAGGUUUCCUAAUACAACAGGUCUUUAUACAUUCUUUCCCUUUUCCAAAACCAAUAAGCUGAAGUUCAUAGGAAAUUGGAAUUCCACCUCUAAUGUCACAAUGGCAAGUGUCUUUAUUGACCGUUUUCCGUCAUUCGAAGGUUACCAAUUUCAUAUUGCAACAUGGAAUGACGACUCUCCGUUUCUGUACCAGAAGAAUAAUGCCCCAAAGGGAAAAGGUGACGGUGUUGUGGUCUGCAUGUUAGACGCCAUCGCUGAAAUGCUCAACUUCCGUUACACGAUGACGACGAAGCCUCAAGACUGCAUGUGGGGCUCCUUUGUGAACGGUUCCUGGAACGGCAUCCUCGGAAUGGUUCACCGCAAAGAAAAGAAUUUCACAGUGAACACUAUGUUAGUCACUGAAGCUCGCGGAAAGGACUUUGACUUCGGUGUCUGGUACUGGAUGGAAGGGUUCGGCGUUAUGUUGAUGAACCCGGCACCGCUGGCCAAGUGGAGAGGAAUAUAUUAUUCUUUCCAACCUUCUCUCUGGUUCGCUGUCAUUCUUACAGCCGUCUCAGUAAUUGUGAUCAUGACCCUGCAGGACCGGAUACAGCCUGAACCGCUGCUGGGUGGACUGGGAGGUACGUGGAUGUACAUGCUACGGACUCUGGUCAACCAGGAGCUCACGGUCCUGCCCAGGGCGCAGUGGCAGCGACUGUUCUUAGCCUCGUGGCUCUUCUACUGUUUCAUCCUCACUACAGCCUACAUCGCCAACCUCAUCGCCUUCGUCACCACUCCUGUGUUCCCCGAGCGCCUCCACACCCUCCAUCAGCUGGCCCACUCCAACUACAGGUUAGCCAUGGUGAACUACGGUGAUUUCGUGCCGGAGGCUCUGCGCUCUUCCAAGUCGGACGAGUACACCAGGCUGUGGAGAAAGCUAGACCUGUGCCAGGAGUACAACGAGGUGCUGGCGCUCAUGACCCAGCAGACACACGCCUUUGUCGAACUCUACUCCUACAGCAAGGUCCUCCUCAAGACCAAGUACCAGUUGAAUCAUACAUAUAUGAUGAAGGAGCAGCUGUAUCCAAGCUACUUCGCCUGGCUGUACCCGAAGAACACUGCCUGGAGGUACAAGUUUGACCAGGGAGUUCGGCACCUGGUGGAGGCUGGCCUAGUGUCUCACUGGUACAAGGAAAAGAUAGAGGAGUUACUGGGUCGAGACAGAGAGAAACGGGAGCGUGUGGAAGCCAGGCAGCAACGCAAGAAGAAAGGACCUCUUAACCUGCAUCAUCUGGAGGGUGUCUUCUUCAUCCUGGUGAUCAGCUGGGCAGCAAGUGCUGUGGUGCUGCUGCUGGAGCUGCUGUUUCACUCUAGUCUUACUUCUACAGCCUCGUCUUCACUGGCUCGCAUUCUGAUGAUCUAG